AUGAACAAGUUACCAUUAAGACAUAUCCCUACUGGGCUCAGGCCCUCGACGAGUACAAGUGGUGCCGAGCCGGUACAUAUAGUGUCCAGGUCCGCUACACCUCUACCUCAUGUCGCUCCAUCGAUGCCGUCAGAGAAGCCGAUAUCGUCACGGCCACCUAUCGAAGUGUCGUCAAGGCCGAGCCAAGGCCAAAAGUCGAGCAGAUGCUACGCGUUGGCUUUUUUGAAAAGGGUGUCUCGGCCCUCAAGCCGCCUGCCACCGACGUCCGCUGGGAGACCUCGAGCACGGUGUGCGUGA